GAGAUUACAUUUUGAAAGAAGUGGCUAAGUUGUUUCGAGGUCUUAUUCAACUUGAAUGUAUUUUUGCUCGAUAUGAUAGAGAUGAAUUUGUUAUUCUCUUCAAAGAUACAAGCAUUGAACAAGCUUUUGAAUUUGCUGAAAAAAUUAAGACUUCUGUUGAAGAAUAUUCAUUUAAUUAUAAGAGAACAAAAUUAAAAGCUACACUCAGCAUUAGGGUUUCUGGAAUAAAUUUCUCUGUAAAUACUUAUAAUGACUUACUUAACUAUGCAGACAUUUCUUCAAAGAAA